UGGUUUGGGCGGCAGGAAGGGGAGCGGCCGCCAUCUUGUUUGUUUGAGUGGCUUGGAAAGGGGGGUCGGGGGAGAAGCAGGGAUAAGGGGAUCAGCGACAGUGGCGGAGCGGGUAAGCCGGAGCGCUUACCCCAGCCCCUGGAGCCCGCUGCCUUCGGCGGCCGCGCAGGAUUUGAGGUUGUGGCAUAGACAGUUGGCACAAUGUUCUACGCUCACUUUGUCCUGAGCAAGCGAGGGCCGCUAGCCAAAAUCUGGUUGGCGGCCCAUUGGGAUAAGAAACUAACCAAAGCCCAUGUGUUUGAAUGCAAUUUGGAGAGCAGUGUGGAAAGCAUCAUUUCGCCUAAGGUGAAGAUGGCUCUUCGGACUUCAGGACAUCUUUUACUGGGAGUUGUUAGAAUCUACCACAGGAAAGCUAAAUAUCUUCUUGCAGACUGUAACGAGGCAUUCAUUAAGAUCAAGAUGGCUUUCCGUCCAGGUGUUGUUGAUUUACCUGAGGAAAACAGAGAAGCUGCAUACAACGCUAUCACCUUACCUGAAGAAUUCCAUGAUUUUGACCAGCCCUUGCCAGAUUUAGAUGAUAUUGAUGUGGCUCAGCAGUUCAGUUUGAACCAAAGCAGAGUGGAAGAAAUUACAAUGCGAGAAGAAGUCGGAAACCUCAGUAUCCUUCAGGAAAAUGACUUUGUGUCAAUUACAUUUAUGAUGGCUAAUCUUAUAGAAGACUUCGGUAUGGAUGAUCGUGAAAUGAUGAGAGAAGAUAGUGCAUUUCCGGAUGACGUGCUGGAUAGUACUAGUGCUUCCAACCUACUGCUGGAGCCUGAACAGAGUACCAGUCACCUUAAUGAGAAAUCUAAUCACUUGGAAUAUGAAGAUCAGUACAAGGAUGACAAUUUUGGGGAGGGAAAUGAUGGUGGAAUCCUGGAUGACAAACUUCUCAGCAACAAUGAAGGAGGCAUCUUUGACGACCCACCUGCUCUUUCAGAUGGUGGAGUAAUGAUGCCUGAGCAACCUCCUCAUGAUGAUAUAGAUGAGGAUGAUAAUGUCUCAAUGGGUGGACCAGAUAGCCCAGACUCAGUUGAUCCAGUUGAACCACUGCCAACUAUGACUGAUCAGACAACAUUGGUUCCAAAUGAAGAAGAAGCUUUUGCUUUAGAACCUAUUGAUAUAACUGUUAAGGAAACAAAGGCAAAAAGGAAGAGAAAGCUGAUUGUAGACAGUGUGAAAGAGCUAGACAGCAAGACUAUCAGAGCCCAACUGAGUGACUACUCUGAUAUUGUCACAACACUGGAUUUGGCACCUCCUACUAAGAAGCUAAUGAUGUGGAAAGAGACUGGGGGUGUUGAAAAACUUUUCUCUCUUCCUGCUCAGCCUCUGUGGAAUAACAGGCUGUUGAAGCUUUUCACUCGCUGUUUAACACCUCUUGUACCAGAAGAUCUUAGAAAGAGGAGGAAAGGUGGGGAAGCUGAUAACCUGGAUGAGUUCCUUAAGGACUUUGAGAAUCCAGAAGUGCCCAGAGAGGAACAGCAGCGCAAUAUUAUUGACGAACCUAUAUUGGAAGAGCCAAGUCGCCUUCAGGAAUCCAUGAUGGAGGGCAGCAGAACCAACUUGGAUGAAUCAGUCAUGCCACCGCCUCCACCCCAAACAGGGAUAAAGCGAAAGGCUUCACAAGUAGAACCAGAGCCUGUACUACCGUCUCAGCCAUUGCAACAGAUAGAAAUGCCACCAGUGGAAUUGCCUCCUGAAGAGCCUCCAAACAUCUGCCAGCUAAUUCCAGAGCUGGAGCUCUUGCCGGAAAAGGAAAAGGAGAAAGGAAAGGAAAAGGAUGAAGAAGAAGAGGAAGAGGAGGAAGAUGGUACAGGUGGUGACCAGGAUCAAGAGGAAAGACGAUGGAACAAGAGAACUCAACAAAUGCUUCAUGGUCUUCAGAGAGCUCUGGCCAAGACUGGAGCAGAAUCCAUCAGUUUGCUUGAGCUGUGCAGGAAUACAAACCGAAAACAAGCAGCAGCAAAAUUCUACAGUUUCUUGGUACUAAAAAAGCAGCAAGCUAUAGAGCUGACACAGGAAGAACCAUACAGUGACAUCAUUGCAACUCCUGGUCCCAGAUUCCAUAUUAUUUGAAUGUUUGUUUGUCUUACUAUAUAGUUAGCAUCAUUAGUGCUUACACAUUGUCCCAUGUGUAGGGCCUACAAAAGGAAAAAGAUUUCUAGAUUUCAUUGUCUGUACAGUCGUUGACUUUUGUGUUCUGUUUUUUUUUCUAUUACAUUUUAACCCUUUUGCAUUUCUUGUAACUCUUUUGCGCUGGGUGACUUGAGUUCCAGUUGCAAAGACGAGAGAAAGUGACUCAAGGACCUAAUAAAGAGUGUUUUAAAAACAAAUCAAAACACAUGUGUGCAAUAUUGGUGCAUGUAACUAUGACUAAUACAUUGUUUUACAAUUAUCUGCUUAGUAAACUAGAGUGCUGUUUUAAUUAACUCCAGAAGACCCAAAAUGGCCAACCUAUUGUCUCAUAAUAGUUUUUGCCAAACGUGCCUAAAAUGUAUGCUCCCUUCCUCAAGGUAGUGAAUUCUUCCUGCCUGAAAUUUCAGUGUUUUAUCAUCUUCUGGGGGUGUGCUUGGAGCUACCAGCAUGAAUCCUAGUGCCUGGCAGGAGUCCUUGCUGUGCCAUGGGAUCACUAGAAUAGGGUUUAAGCAGCUCUGAGUACAAGUGUAAAUGGGUGCCCUUGGAAAAUACUAUUUAAGUGCAAGAGAGACAAUACAUUUCUGGUGUUGGAUUUUACAUUCCUUCUCAGCGUGGUCCAUUUCUGAUAGCCAGUUGUGAGGAUGGGAUAAUUCUACUAUCGGGCACCAACUGCAAUUAAGCUUUUUUCUUGUUGAUUCGAAAGCUCUUGAGAAUUUUUAGGACUCUAGAAAUGCCAUAAUUCUUGAUUACAGGCUGUUUGAUUUAGGUAAGCUGGUAGCUAGAAGGGUCUCAGAGUUUGAGCAAAUUACUUUUUUUUUUUUUUACAAAUUUUACCACUGGCCCUGAAAUGACAGCAGGCUACAGAUGUAUAUUUUAGAGGCAGGAAAAACUUGCAUUUAUUGAACAUAAUCUUGUUGUGUAAUAAGUAUUAGUAGAUCUCCAGUGACCUUCACAGUUUUUGUAACUGUGUUUCCCAAUAAUGCAUACUCCUGGAACACUGAAUAGGUUUGCAAAUAACUUCUAAUUUGAUUUUACUACUUAAUAACAAAGGUUUUACUAUCAGGACCAUGCCAUACCAGAAAUCAUGUGAAUAUGUUGAUGGAUAUGUCAAUAUUUGGGGUGCAAAAUUACUAAAGAUUCUGAUUUUAAAUGUUGGCACUUUUGUGAAAUGAUUCUGUUCUGGAACUGAGAUUUCAGUGUGUACCCAAGUGUAAAAUUAUGUGAAUGUUUUAAAAUUUGCAAUGUUUUAAUAAUCCUUGAGAAAGUUGACUGUAUAAAAUAGUUACUGCAACUUUAUUUUUGACAUGAUGUGCCUGUACAACCAUGAUUUCCCCCCUUUGUACAAAGAGACAUUGUAGAUAACUUGAAUGUUUAACUAUAGAGAAGGUCAUUAGUUUCUUGUUAUACUUUGUUAGUCUGUUUUUUGUUGCUUUCAGGGUUAAUAUUCUUGAAAAUAGUUGCUGUUAUGUAUAACUUUUCUA